ACCUCUCUUUUUUAUAAACAACAAACGCAGUUUUUCAUCUAAAUUUUCUCUUCCUUUCCCACUCAUUUUCUUUUCUUUUCUUUUCUUUUCCCAGAAAAUAUCAUCAUUCCUUCGAGUAUUCAUGUCGACGGAAAACGGUAGGCCACUUCCAAAGUUCGGUGAAUGGGAUGUCAAUGAUCCAGCUUCAGCUGAAGGUUACACAGUGAUUUUUAACAAAGCAAGGGAUGAGAAAAAGACAGGUGGCAAACCCGAGUCACCUGCAAAGGCAAAUCAUCAAACCAAACCUCCAGCAGAUCAUGGCAAAACUCAGAGUAAAAGUUGGUUUUGCUGCAUACAUAGUUCUCCAGCAGAAUCGUAGCAAUGAUUGGUCAUAUGUACAUGGUUGAAUGGAAGUCGAGUCAUGUGUAACUAGCUCCUAAUGUUUUCUCAAGGAUAUGAGCUGUUAAGCAUAAUUAAUUCUUCUUGGAUUCAGCUUUUGUUAUGUAAAAGUAAGCAGCAGUGGGGGAGAGUAAAAUAACAGACUAUUUUUUGUAUGUAUUUAUAUAUGAAUGUCGUGGUUUACUAUUAGGAGCAAAGGUUGCUCUCUUUUUUGCCUUAUCUUGCUCUAUUGGUUGUAGAGGUUUACUUGUUCUAUUAUACUUCAUGUAUUACAAUACAUAUCUUGUAUCUUAUGAGCUAAUUUAUUUCCUGUUAUGUUUGCA